AUGGAAACUGAAAUUGUUUCGUCCUUGAAAGUCAUGAUAGAUGAAAAUAAUGUCCUAGCAAAGGCAUUUCGUUCAGCACGGGAUAGAUUCCAAUUUGAUGGGUCUGCUGAUGUUAAGUUACGAUUAAUAACCAGAAGAAAUACUGAUGCAAGGACAUAUAAUUUGCCAACGGCAUCUGAAGUUGUUGCACUGAUAGUUGGAGAUAUUGACGAGAGCGGAGUUAAUAGGGAUAUAAUAAUUGAGACAAAAUCAAGAAUCUUGCAGAGGAUAGAAGUAUCACAUCCAAUGUACCUUGCUCUUCAAUAUCCUUUGUUGUUUCCAUACGGUGAGGAUGGUUACAGAUUACAUAUAGCUACUUCUUCUCGACCAAAUGUCAGGAGAACUCAGAAAAGAUCAAUAAUAAGCAUGAGAGACUUCUUUGCAUACAGACUUCAGAGAAGGACUAACGAGUCUCAGGUCCUUUUGCGGUCAAGAAGAUUACUGCAACAAUUCAUAGUAGAUGCCUACACUAUGGUUGAGUCAGAACGGCUUUUAUACUUACGAUUGAAACAACCAAACUUGAGGCUAGGCAAGUUCAAGCAAUUGCAUGAGUGUAUGGUUCGUGGUGAAACUAAUGCCAUUAACACUGGACAAAGAAUUAUUCUCCCAAAGAGUUUUACUGGUGGUCCAAGGUACAUGUUCAACAAUUGCAAAGAUGCUUUUGCAAUAUGUAAAUAUGCUGGAUAUUCAAGUUACUUUAUCACUAUGACAUGUAAUCCAGAAUGGAAUGAGAUAAAAAGAGAGGUAACACCCCAAGGACUCCAUGCAGAGGAUAGACCAGACAUCUUAUGUAGAAUAUUCAAGUUGAAGGUUGAUAAAUUAAUUAAGGAAUUGAAGAGAGGAACAUUCUUUGGAAAGAUUAUUGGAUAUUGUCUAACCAUAGAGUUUCAGAAAAGAGGUCUACCUCAUGCUCAUCUUCUUUUAUUCAUGCAUCCGGAAUCAAAACCACGAACUGUUGAUGACAUAGACAAGGUUAUUAAGACAGAGAUUCCAGAUAAGAAGGAAAAUCCAAAAUUGUAUGCUGCUGUUGAGAAAUAUAUGGUUCAUGGUCCAUGCGGUCAUUUAAAUAGAAAGAGCCAAUGCAUGAUCAAUGGUAAAUGCUCAAAGUUUUUUCCCAAGGCAUUUCGAGAUAGGACAAUUAUUGACGAAGCAGGCUUUCCAAGAUAUCAAAGAAGAGAUGAUGGGCGAACUGUAUCAAAGAAAAAUAUAGAGGUUGACAAUUCAUUCAUAGUUCCAUACAAUCCCGACCUUCUUCUAAAAUUUGGAUGUCACAUCAAUGUUGAGUAUACUUGCCAAACUUCAGCAAUCAAAUAUCUGUUUAAGUAUCUUCACAAGGGUAAUGACAGGGUGACAGCUGCAUUUUAUCAAAGCAAUGAAUCUCAGGUAGAUGAAAUACGUAAUUAUUAUGAUUGUAGAUAUAUAUCAGCAUGUGAAGCUGCAUGGAGAUUGUUUGGUUAUCCUAUUCAAAUGAAGGAACCAGCAGUAAUAAGAUUGCCAUUUCAUCUUCCUGAUGAUAUGCCAAUUGUCUACAAAGAUACCGAUACAAUUCAGUUAGUUGUUGAGACUUCUUUUUUCAAGGAAUCUAUGUUGAUUGGAUGGUUCAAAGCAAAUGAAGUCCAUAAUGAUGCCAAAAAUCUGACUUAUUCUGAGUUUCCAACAAAAUUUGUUUGGAAUGGAGAGCAUCAUAUGUGGACUCAUAGAAAGCAAGGCUAUGCCAUAGGAAGGAUAUCUCAUAUACCACCAAUGAAUAAGGAAGAUUACUAUCUAAGGCUACUUUUGAACAUUCAAAAGGGAUGCACGAGUUUCAGUGAUCUAAGAACAGUUGAUGGUGUCGUUUAUGACUCCUUCAAAGAUGCAUGCUAUGCUCUAGGACUGUUGCAGGAUGACAGAGAAUUCAUUGAUGCAAUCUCUGAAGCAGGAACAUGGCACUCUGCAACUUUUUUAAGGAGACUUUUUGUUGUUUUAUUAACAUCAAAUAACAUGAGUAGGCCAGAUUUUGUUUAG